ACCGGCCAUCGACCCAGCGGGAUCACCGAUCUUCGGCGGAGGGAGCAGCGCCGGGGUGCACGCUUGGCACCAUGGCCCAGACGCCAGCUUUCGACAAGCCCAAAGUAGAACUGCACGUCCAUCUGGAUGGAGCCAUCAAGCCUGAAACCAUCUUAUAUUAUGGCAGGAAGCGGGGCAUCACCCUCCCUGCCAACACACCAGAGGAGCUGCAGGACAUCAUCGGCAUGGACAAGCCGCUCAGCCUCCCGGGCUUCCUGGCCAAGUUCGCCUACUACAUGCCCGCCAUCGCGGGCUGCCGGGAGGCCAUCAAAAGGACUGCCUACGAGUUUGUGGAGAUGAAGGCCAAGGAGGGCGUGGUGUACGUGGAGGUGCGCUACAGCCCACACCUGCUGGCCAACUUCAAAGUGGAGCCGAUCCCCUGGAACCAGGCUGAAGGGGACCUCACCCCGGAUGAGGUGGUGUGUCUAGUGGACCAGGGCCUGCAAGAGGGAGAGCGAGACUUCGGGGUGAAGGUGCGGUCCAUCCUGUGCUGCAUGCGCCACCAGCCCAGCUGGUCCCCCGAGGUGGUGGAGCUGUGUAAGAAGUACCGGCGGCAGACCGUGGUGGCCGUCGACCUGGCCGGAGAUGAGACCAUCCGAGGCAGCAGCCUCUUCCCCGAACACGUGCAGGCCUACGCGGAGGCCGUGAAGAGCGGCGUCCACCGCACGGUCCACGCCGGGGAGGUGGGCUCGGCCGAGGUGGUGAGAGAGGCCGUGGACGUGCUCAAGACCGAGAGGCUGGGGCACGGCUACCACACUCUGGAGGACCCGGCCCUCUACAACAGGCUGCGGCAGGAAAACAUGCACUUCGAGGUCUGCCCCUGGUCCAGCUACCUCACCGGCACCUGGAAGCCAGGCACGGAGCAUGCAGUCGUUCGGUUCAAAAAUGACCAGGCUAAUUAUUCCCUCAACACGGAUGACCCACUCAUCUUCAAGUCCACCCUGGACACUGAUUACCAGAUGACCAAACAGGACAUGGGCUUCACUGAAGAGGAGUUUAAGAGACUGAACAUCAAUGCGGCAAAGUCCAGUUUCCUCCCAGAAGAUGAGAAGAGGGAGCUUCUUGAUCUGCUCUAUAAAGCCUAUGGGAUGCCACCUUUGGCCUCUGCAGGGCAGUGUCCCUGAAGACAUCGUGGCCACCUCUCAGAGUCCUUACCCUGUGGAUGGAGUCCUCACAACUCCCUUUACUCCUUCCAGGCAGACUAUGAUUUCCAGAGUCGGCUACUGAUGCUCGUGAAGCCCACCUGCCUGUUUCUGUACACACAUAUACCUCCGCCUGGCCGUGUCUCUCCUCUGAUUGUGUGCCCGGGCCAGGAUCAGGGCCUGUGGCUGGUUGAAUCUGAAUCCCUCCCUCCUAUGGUAACGUGUGCUGAAAAUCUGGUGCUUAAUAAAGAAACCAACAGCUGGGGUUGUGCA